AGGUAUUUUAAUUUUUUCACCUGAACUCUUUAUAGGUGCUGCUAAGCCUUUGAUAAGUUUUACACCAUGAAAGACUACUACUGAACAAAACUUAGUCUUAGUGAAAGAACUUUAAUAAGCUUGACUAAACAUUUAGAAAGCACAUUGUGUUCAGUGAAACUUUCUAUAUAAUAAAUAGAAUAAUAAAAGAGUGUAUUGGAUGACUAGUCUGUAGUUGCCUCAAGGAAUGCAUACAAUGAAAAAGUUAUUUUGGUUAUUUCCUCAAAAUAGCCAACAUAAUAGGGAAAAUGGAGAAAAUGUACUCUGAACAACAUGGAAAGGGAACCUGAAAAUCUAAAAUGUAAUCUUGGAGAAAUGACAUUAGAAAACAAAACCAACAAAAGAGAAUACUCUCCAAAAUAAUUUGAGAUGCAUGAAAGGCAAACAUUCACUAGAGUUGGAAUUUUUCUAAGUUUAUGCAGAAAUAAGUAGCAUAUUUGACCUUCACCAUGAUUAUCAAGCACUGCUUUGAAAUUGUGUUGGUGCUGCUGGCCUCUACCACUGUCUUCUCUCUAGAUGUGAAACUGGUUCUCUUACAGCAAAGAAGAGUGAACCAAGAAAGCUUAAAACUCUUUAAGUUGCAAACCUCAUCAAUUCAGCAGUGUCUACAACACAGGAAAAAUUUUAUGCUUCCUCAGAAGUCUGUGAGUUCUCAAUAGCACCAUAAAGGAUAUACUCUGGCCAUUCUCCAUGAGAUGCUUCAGCAAAUCUUCUGCGUCUUCAGGGCUAAUAUUUCUCUGGAUGGCUGGGAGGAAAACCACAUGGAGAAAUUCCUCAUUCAACUUCAUCAACAUCCUCUGAGACCUUGA